GGCGGCAUUGAAAAAUCGUAGCUUGACAAAGAACUUUACCGAGAAACUCAGGGAUGCAGGUGGUCUCUCUACCCCAGAGCAAGAGGAAGCCAGCCUUCAAAAGACCAGCCAUACAAAUCGGGCGCCAAUUUACAAGAAGGAAGCGACGGAAAGUUUGAAGGUCGGCACCACGGCUAUGGACCAGGACUUGGCUUUCAAGCAAAAGCAAACCGCCCAAAAGAAAAUAGACAUGCAAAAGAAAGAGGAAGCUGUACAGAACCUUACGAGUUUCAAGACUGCCACGGUUGCGACUAAUCCAAUUAUUCCUGAUACAUCCUUUGAUUCACCCGAUAGCACCUCGGACCCACAAGAGAAGGAAGCAAAAGUAGAUGACGAAUUCUCAAUGUUUAAAGAAGCCACAACUGAAAGGACCGAAGGAGUGGUGAAAGAUGGCAUGAAAGAUGGCACGCAUGAAGUUGACGAUGAUUCCCAGGGCUCCGGCUCUGCAGCCCGACACGAACCAACGCAAGAUGCCCAACAACACGAUGGAGAGCAAAACAGUGAUUUCAAUGCCUUUGAAGAAGCUCCAGCUGCUACGAAUGAGACCAUGGCGAGUGGAGAAUUAGACAAAUUUAGAGACUUAUCGACGCAGGCUAAAAGUGAAGAAAGCACGGAAGAUGAUUUUGGUGGUUCGUCGCAACCUGUAGAUUCUCAGGCUGGAGAUAAUGGGCAAAGUUCUUCUCCAGUAGACUGGGUCAGCAAUACACUGGAGCCAAUGGAGUUACGAACAUUUGAAAGCACGGCCUCGUCGUUAGGACAUGACUUUGUCAAUGAUGCGGAUGGCCCUAGUGGUCCCACCGCAGAACCAAGGAGCAGCCAAGAUACUGAUGAAUUUGGCGAUUUCGAGAGUACUAGUGCCACACCGGAGGCGGGUGAAUCAGCUGACCAAGCUGCGGGUGGCUCCGGAACCUUCGAUAGUUCUGGUCCAGCAAGAGAAGCAGUUACCAGUCAAGAUGAUGAAUUCGGUACUUUCGAGAGUUCUGCUGCUGCUGCUGCUGCAGAAGCGGGAGAAUCAGCUGACGAAGAUGCCGGUUGCUUCGGGAGUCUCGAAAGUACUGGUCCCGCAACGGAACACAAUAGUCAGGAUAUGGACGAAUUCGGAAGUUUCGAAAGCACCGCUCAAGAUGCGGAUGGUUUCGGGAGUUUCGAGAGUACAGGUCC